AUCUUGGCUUCCUCUCUCUCUCUCUCCUGAACAACCAUCUCCGCUGACCGAGAAAGAUUACGGCUGUGCGAUGACAAGAUGACGGGCUAUAAAGUAAUACAUUAGUAUGUGGUUUUGUCCCGGGAACGAGCAUUCGUAUCAAGAAGAUAAUGCGCCAAGCUGCGGUCCCCUCCUCCGACGAUCAUUACGGCCGCCAAGGUUUGUGGGUGUAACUCUUGCCAAUAUUGCCAAGAUGAGUACAGCCUUUAUAUAUAUGACAACCACAAACAAUCACCAACUUGACUUCUUCGUCUUUUGUGCCAAUAUUUUUUUAUCAUACCAUAUCAUGUCUUUAAUUCCAACUAACGAACAUAAAGAGCAGAUCCAACAUAUGCGAAGACUACAUGGGGACUUGGUCUUGGACGAAGGCGGCUUCUUUAAAAAAUUAAUGCAAAAAGAUCAGACGUUAAACAAAGAAGCAGCGACAGCAUAUAACAGCAAUUGGAACGAUAACAGCAACAACAACAACAAAUAUGACGACGACAUCAAACAACAGCAACACGAAGACAAUGGUGAGGACUCAGUCAGUCAUCGUCGGGAACAAGCUCAAUCGAUGACGAACGCAUUUUAUGAUCUGGUCACUGAUUUCUACGAGUACGGUUGGGGACAAUCAUUUCACUUUGCCAGACUCUACAAAGGAGACACUUUUGCAGAGAAUAUUAAACGACAUGAAGCAUUCUUGGCCUUGAAACUUGGUCUUAAACAAGGACAACGUGUAUUGGAUGUCGGCUGCGGUGUAGGUGGUCCACUACGAGAGAUUGUAAAAUUUUCAGGCUACGCGCAUGUUACCGGAAUCAACAACAAUGUAUACCAGAUCCAGCGAUGUGCUGCCUAUGCCGCAAAAUAUGGGUUGAGCGACUAUACCGGGUUUGUCAAGGGUGAUUUCACAAAGAUGCCUUUCGCCGAUUGUUCAUUUGACGCCGUGUUUUCCGUCGAGGCUACUGUGCAUGCGCCACGACUUGAAAUGGUGUAUAGCGAAAUUUACCGUGUACUGCAACCGGGUGGACGUUUUGCAUGUUAUGAAUGGUGCACGACGCCCAAAUACAACAAUGACACUAGCGACGAUACGAUGAAGAAUACUCGUAAACAGCACCAGCAACAGCGCCAAGUGAUCCAUGCUAUUGAACAAGGCAAUUCGAUCUCCAAACUGUAUUCCACGCGUGAAUGUCUGGAGGCGUUGAAGUCGGUUGGAUUCAGAGUGAUUGAGCAAGCGGAUUUUGCGCCCGUGGAUGCGGCUACUGUGCCUUGGUAUUAUGCGCUCAAGAGGCCUGAAGGGUUACGUGGCAUAUUGCGAUCGCCAGUGGGUCGGUUUUACACGCAUAGCUUACUGACGGCUUUGAGCAAGUGCAAGCUGGUUCCUCCAGGUGUUUUGGAAACGUCACAGCUAUUGAAUGAUGCUGCUGAUGCGCUGGUUGCAGGCGGUGAAAUGGGAAUAUUUACGCCAAUGUACUUUUUUGUCGUUGAAAAGCCGUUAGAGAAGAAAAAUUAAGCAUGCAUAAUAGGAUGAUUUACUAGUAGUAGUAGUAGUAGUAGUAGUAGUAGCAGCAGAGAUGCAAUUGGUAUUAUAACGUAUACUAGUAGCUACCUCUAUGAAUAAGUUUUUUCUUUUUGUAAUUAAAAUAUGCCCAUAAUCUAC